AUGAUGUCAGAGCCAGACCCAGCAGGGCCAGCCCAAGUCGACCUUCCUCAAGUAGCAGCCCGUUUGGAAGGGUAUGCAGAGCUGACCACGCUUCAAAAAAUCAUCCGAGAGAAGCUUCAGACACCAGCCUUGAUUGAGGUUACUGUGGGCGCUGAUUUGUCGGACAGAAAGCAUCGACAGAUCCAAAGGCGACGUGAGCUUGCAAAACAUCUGGGGCGCACAUCAGUCCUUUUCUACAACGGAAUGCAGGAUGCCAAUAUUGCCAUCGAUGAGGAGACCAUCUCAGUGUGGAUUUCCCGCGAAAACGUGGAACAUUUUGCCUUACGAAAGGCACAGAAGAAGGCAGAAAUGGCGUUGCAACAGCGUCAAGGCUUUGGCACGACCUCUGA